AAGGGGUAUUCAGAGCUCAAAGCUAGUAACUCUCCCCUUAGUCGGCACGAGUUCGUGUUACCGGGUGUAUGGUGUACUACUCCUGCAGCUGUCGUGAUGCACCAUGGGACGUUGGGUUGUGCUUCGCUCCAAUACAAGAUGGCUGACACUUGUUAGUAGUGUAUUUUCGUUUGAUCGAAUGUGCAUUUUUAUAAAAAAAAUUAGUGCCUUCGUAUCCGCGUAUGGUACACGCACGUUUCCAUAAGUAACACAGAAGGGGUCUUCCUUUUUUAUCGAAUCGUUACCUUAUCAUGUAUUAUCAAGAGAUAUCAAAAUGUGCCGUGAAAGUGCUAGAGGCAGAAUAAUUACCCGUCACCAGCCAUGUUCAUAUGUGUUCUUUUGUUAUGACAAUUGUGAUAUAAUUCUCGUGGAAUAUAGUGCCAAGGUGAAGUGAUAUCUCGCUUUGUUGCGCUUCUACUCCGUCUCUGGUGUUUCACACAAGAUUCGUUUCACUACGAAAUAAAUUAAAUGAAAGGUCAUAAAAUCGUGCUGCAGCCGGGGCAGAGGUGAGGGGAGGCCAGGCGGAGAUCGAAGAAGGGAUGAAUGGAACGGCGGCGUUGCGACGCAGCGUCGGUGGCGGCGGGGGCGCCGCCGGGGGUGGAACCGUCGAAGCAGCACCCGUCGCCACCCUCGUCGUCUACAAGGACGAGGCUGGAUACGGGAUGAAAGUCUCCGGCGAUAACCCCGUUUACGUUCAAUCUGUGAAAGAAGGCGGUGCAGCCGCGAGAGCUGGCCUUCAUUCGGGCGACAAAAUAAUCAAGGUUAACGGCGUGAAUGUAAUGCAGUCCACGCACACAGACGUUGUACAGCUCAUAAAGUCUUCGACGCAGGUGGUACUGACGGUGCAGCAGAAGCCAGUCGCAACAAGCAGCGCGGCGACGACGGCCACGGGGCUACAGGUUGGUCUGGCGGGUGGACAGCAUCAGCGGCCAGUCAGUCUGUCAGCCGGUACAACGAUGGUAUCGCCCUCGCAGCCAGCCACUUCUCUGCACAGGGCGUCGACUGCUCCAGCCGGUGCACCGUGUAACGCGCGUAUCACGGGUCCUCAACCGGUUGAUCACGAGAAAAAACGCCAGCUGGAAACACAGCGCGUUCAUACAUUCCAGCUUAUGUUGGAGAAGGAACAAAGUUACGUUGACAAGCUUCGAAGUGAACUUGCAAAGGCCGGCACUGGUAGCGGAAAUGUCAACAUUGUAACACUCCAAGCAGAAUUGGCAGGUGCCGAGAGGAGGGUGCGCACCUUGCAGGAUCAACUAACUGCGAUUACUACUAACGAACAGCUUUGCUCGUUGGUAACAAACACCUCGUGUUCCCCGGGCUAUUAUCCACCUUUAAGUAGUAGCAGUGGUGAUGUACCACCGCCUCUACCAUCUCGUAAAUCCUUGUCCAUGCAAAGCCUGUCUCCACCACCAUUGCCUCCUAGACCUCCUCCCACAAAUACACACAACGUAGCCCAGUUGGAGCUGGAGUGUCAACUGUUGACUCAUUUAACGCCCUCAACCACCAGUCAUGGCAUACCUAACUCUUUUUCACAGGGUGCGAAUUUAGGCUCCUCGAACUCGCUCAACAAGCACCAACGGACAAAAUCCAGUCCAGAACAACUAGGAACUACAACCAUUUCUCCAUCAGAAGCUAGUAGACGUUUAAUAGCAUCGGAAUCAAUGAAUGAUCUUUCUCCUCCAAGGCAUGUGAGGCAUAGUGACAUUGAUAUAGAAGAAUUACUUCAUAUCACUCCACCAGGAACUCCACCUCCACCAUAUCUAACCGCUAGUCCAGGAAAUGAUACAACUAAUUCUACUGUAAACGAUACUCUUUUAAAUGAAAGCAUUCCUGGAUUGCCAACAUUACAGCAGCCAAUCAUGUCAAUGGAAGAUGAUGAUAUGAGUGACCAAGAAGUUGGUCAAUUAGAAGAUCACGGUCCAUUCAAAUCUUUAUCUCGAUUAUGGGGACAUCACGCACACCUUUCUGUAUUUAUUAAUUACGUUUUAUCAAAUAGUGAUCCCUCCAGUCUGUUGUUCUAUUUAGUAACGGAUCUGUACAAAGAAGGCAAUGCGAAGGAAAUGAGGAAGUGGGCAUAUGAAAUUCAUUCUAGUUUUUUAGUACCUGGUGCACCUCUCCGUCUGCAUAACGUAGACGAAAAUGUAGCACAUGAAAUAGACGAUGUUCUUUUAAAGGAAUCUGAUAAGGAAGAGAUUUUGCGAAAAAUCUUUUUGAAAGCACGAACACGUGCAAAGGAAGAACUGAACGAGCAGCUUGCAGACUUUCAACAAAAGAGAACUGCUGGAUUGGGUACGUUAUUUGGUCCAAGCGACGCUCAAUUGGAUGAAAGUGUAUCUGACAAGGCACGAGAAACAAAAAUCAUAGAAACAUACCUCUUACCCAAGAUGGAGCCUUACCUAGAAGAUAUAGAGAAAGAACACGUGGAUUUGCGACAAUUUACAACAGUAGCGGGCUUAGCAACAAUAUUGACAAAAAUUUUCCAAGUUCGACCAGUAUCGCUUGACCGAGUACCUACGUUUGUUGCAAAAGAUAAAUCGAAUUUCAAAGGACGCUUGCUUACAGGGAAGGCAAGAAAAAUGACAAUCAGAGGUCAUCAUUUUGUAGCUAAUCAGUACUUCACUAUUACUUAUUGUAAUCAUUGUCAACUUAUCAUCGGUGGAAUUGGACCUCAAGGAUAUUUAUGUAGUGAUUGUUCUCUAAGUGUACAUCGUCAGUGUGUUCGCGUGGUGGAAGAAAAUUGUCCAGGGCCGUUGGUUAGAAAGGAAAGAGUCAACGAACGCAUAAGCAAGCUGAUGGAACGUAUUAUUCCUGAAAGAAAACCUCCCUCGUCGCAUCAUCACCAUCAUUCUCAAAAUCAUAUGCUUCAUGUUGAUAAACUUAAGAAGAGCGAAGAUGAUGCUGGUGCACUGACGGAUGGAGAAAAUGGAGAACUUCGCGGGGGCGGUGUAGCCGGAAACGCGCGUAGUAGUAGCGAAAGAGGACGCAUUUCCGCUUACAGCGGAGCCUCCGAUCACGCCGAUAGCAUGGACAAUCCUUCCUCGCGAGAAGAUAUUUCUGAAAUGGUGCAGCAAAAUAUUUCCAGUAAGCCAAAGACGUCAAACAUAAACAGGUCUGAAAGUUACAAGGAGCGGAUACAUCACAAGCGACAGUUGCGGGAAAAGAGGAAGACCAGCGAUCCAAACCUCUCCAAAACAAAGGCUGGUUUCAGUGACUGCGAACAUACCGGGACAUUCCCUGGGAACUCCGCUGGCAGUUCGUCGAACAGCAGCUUGUCGACGAGAAGUCUGGACAGCCCAAGUACCAGCCUGGAGCAGGUGCACCCCUCUACCUCGGCGACGAACACAUCGACCUCGUGGGACAGCGAUGUUGAUGUCGAGCCGGAUACACCGGACUGGAGCCAAGGAGUCGCCGAGGAUCUGCUCGCGCGUCUCAGCAAUGCCGAGAAGAAGCGACAGGAAGUCAUUAAUGAACUCUUCCAUACCGAGAGGUCGCACGUGCGGGCGUUGAAAGUAUUGUCGCACGUCUUCCACAAGCCGCUUCUGGAAUCUCAAGUACUUCCAUUAGACCAAAUACAAUUACUAUUUUCCAAUUUAGACGAGAUGGUAACGAUUCAUUCGCGCUUCAAUCAAGCAAUGAAACGUAAGAAAAAAGAAAACCCGUGCAUGGGAGACGUUGGCGAUCUGCUCCUGGACAUGUUCGACGGUGAGAACGGCGAGGCAUUCGAGAAGGCUGCGUCGACAUACUGCGCGAAACAGCAGGUAGCCCUCGACGCUCUGCGUGAUCGUCGUCGCAAAGAUCCCAAAUUGAAUUCCUUUUUGAACGAGAUCGAAUCAAAUCCCCUCUGUCGGAGGCUACAGCUCAAAGAUCAUAUCCUGACGGGGAUGCUUAGAUUGACCAAGUAUCCCCUGCUGUUCGAGAAUUUGGCCAAGUACACGCCGGAGAGCAGCGAGAAAGAGAGAGCCGCCGUGCUGAGAAGCCUCGAUAGAAGCAAGGAGAUCGUAAGUCGCGUUAACCAGGCGGUGCGCGAGGCCGAGGAUUAUCAAAGGCUGGCAGAGAUCCAGCGCACCAUUGAUAGAUCCGCUUUCGACAAGUUCGACCAUCCGACCGUUCAGGAAUUCAAGAAUUUAGACAUCACCAAGCGUAAACUGAUUUACGAAGGCCCGUUGCAGUGGCGCAGAACCGAGCAGAACCGUGCUAAACCCGUCGAUUUGCACGUCGUGUUGCUCGACGACACGAUAUUUCUAUUGCAUCGGCAAGAUGAAAAGUACCUGCUAAAGUUUAUCAACACGAAUCAAGCGAAUUCCGUGUUGAGCCCCAUCGUCAAGGUAUCCACUGUUCUCGUCAGGCACAACGCCGUGGACAAGAAUUCCCUCUACCUUGUCAAUACGUCGCAGAACGGAGCGCAGAUUUACGAUUUAGUAGCAGCCUCGCCCGCGGAGCGUAAACAAUGGUGUAAACAUAUAUCAGAGGCGGCCGAAGCGUACAAGGCUCGUGAUAAACAAGGUAGAAGACCUACUCCACCCACUACACUGCCAGAAGAACCUGGACCUACGGUCGAAGACACCUCCUCGACUGAACAAGACAAUAUUCCCGAUAAAACGGAUCAGGAACAGGAACAAGAAACAGAACCGAAGGAUCCUGUUCAAGAUACGAGCAUUGAACAUGAAGGAGAAGCACCUAAUACCUCUGGACCUGAUCCUUCAACGACUGAACAAACGAAACAACAACAGCAGCCGCAACAACAACAUCCAGUCGAAUCUUCUGCAUCAGGUAUAGGAGAACCUCUGCGAAUGGUUACUUGUACGCAAGUAUCAUUAAUAGAUCCGCUCGAAGUGCACGUAGAGGUACCACCUGUACAUGUUGCAGAACCGGUACUUACACCCAUAGAAUGUCUCAGAAGAAAGGACGAAAUAAUUAAGCAAGCUUUGGUAGAAAAACAAUUGUUGGUAGCAGAUAUCUUAAAUAUCCCAAAAGAAGAUUUUGAGCAUGUAGCAGACAUGGCGUCCGAGCCAUCGAGCAUCGAAAAAGAACCUGCUGAGCUUAUACUCGCUGCUAUUAGUCAAGCGAAUCAACUAGUAGGAAUGCUAAAUUCCGCGUUAAACGUAAGCGAAACGGAAACUGUUCUUGCAUCGCGUGGUACAUCGGCACUAACAACGACACCAAGCUGCGAGGCGACUGGUUGUCCAUCGCCACGAGUGCAUCCUUAUCCUCAGCAACCGAUGGUGUCAGUCGCAAGUUUGCAGCCAGUAUGCCACUCUCUCACAUCUCAGUUGUCACAAUUACUGGAAAUUAUAAAAGAGAGAGAAGAGGAGCGAGAAAGGUUAAGAAAAGAACUACGUAGAAGCAGAGAACGUCUUCACGCUCUGGAUGCAGAUAUACAACGUCGUGACUUUUCUGAAACUUGCACAUCAAGCCAAACGCAAACGGAACCCGAUGACAUUUUAAACAAGGAAAGCAGUAUUGACGAUACCACUCGAGAUGAAUUUGUAGAUGCACACGGCGGAUCAGAAGUGAACGAAGAAUCAGAACACACAAAGCACGAGACAGAGACGGAAGUAAUGGGGGAUAGUGUCGGUUGACACAACACCAACGUGUUAUAUUAAAUGUCAACUUGGUGCAUUUCACGAGCAAGAUCGUUUCCGAAUGCUCAUACUGGAAGAAAUCAAAAUUAUGUAAAAAAAAAAAAUACAACAAAUGGCGAGUAGCUGUUUAUGGAAUACAAUAAUAUUAUAUACAUAUUUACAGAAUCAUGGGUCAAUGAUUAAUCAUGCCUUUGCCAAAGAUUUUAUGUAACCGGAUUUACCUGACGUAGCGUUCUGCACGUCAUAUCGCGUCAAUGACUAAAAAUUAUACAUAAAUUUUAGAUAAAGAAUAGUAUAGCAAUGUAGAUGUUCUGAAGUGAUAAACGAAGGUUAUGUUCUUUGGAGAGUUGAAAGGGAUCCCCAAGCUGAUUGCUAAAUCCAUUGAAGACUCUAUCCCACUACGUUAACAAACCGCGCAACGACCCUCUCACUGUCUAAGGAGAGUUUCCCUCGUUAUGCAUUGUUUUAAAAUUUAUAUUGCUAUACUCCUCUUAACGAUACCUAUUAUAUAGAAAUUGUUACACCGUGUCUCGAAAGACAGCGAUUUCUAUCAAAUUAUUUUAUAUAUAACAUCAAUUUAUAUACUUACAUUUUUUCCUUGAGAUGCUUUUAGGAAAAUAUGGUCAACGCUCUACAAGUUACUUCGGAACAUUUAAUUGUUAGCGCAUUUUAUACAAAAACAUUUACACGAAUACAUCGUACGCGUUUAGAACGA